AGGCAGGAAGCCCUGGCGGGCCAGAGUGGUGAUAUCCAGAACGAAAAAUGAACAUUGAAAUCCGUCAGUUUGCGGUAGUGUGCCUGUGCCUUUUAGUCGGUGGAGCUUGGAGCUCGGGCCCUGAUUACGGAUCUAAUGCAAAAAUAAGGUGCGACGGGACCUCCUUUUAUAAACAAACGAAAAUUACCUAUCCCAGCCAGAGGAAUGACUGCUCGUACACCUUCAAGGCGCAUAGCUGGUUCGUCUGCCAGCUCCGUGUUGACUUUGAUCUGAGUUUGGCUGGUCCAUCAAUGCGCAACGGACAAUCUUACUAUGAAUGCAACGAUGACUAUCUCGAGAUCGGAGGCAGGAGAUAUUGCGGAAACGAUAAGCAGCAGCACGUGUACUUGCCCUUCAACAGGACUGCAGGACAAAAAGAGGUCGUCCUACGGGUUGUGCUUGCCGACCGCUCUGCAAAUCGCGGGCUGGAUGCGGCCAUAUACCAAAUUAAGGUCACGCAAUUGGAGUGUUCACUAGGAUCCCCGCUGCGAAGUCUUCCUUUAGUGGCCAAUGUUGUGAACUCGAUUAAACCCAGAACGUUCUUUAAUGAUGGCUUCUGGAUCGCUCCCGUGGGAUGCCUCCAGUACUUCCCAGAAACGGAAGGAGUGAUUGAGUCAUUCAACUACAACGACGGAACUGGAAUUUACCCUGGCAACCGGGACUAUGCCAUUUGUUUCCGAAGGAAUGCAGCAACGCAGCGCCUACAACUUUCAGUCGACCACUUCCAACUGCCUCCUAAUGCGGAACGACAGUUUGACGAUGUCUGUCGAAGCCAGAUUCUCACUGAGGGUACCGUAGACGACUACCUUUCUAUUCCGGGGGCGGAAAUCAGCGGCACCGGGAUCAGGGCUUCGCUAUUUUGUGGAACGAUUUCAACAGGGACCGUUAUCAAUGCUAAAAGCUUUGGACCAAUAGUGCUUGGAUUCCACAGUGAUAACCGCAAUGUGGAAGGAAUGUUGCGAAAUGGUUUCCGUCUAAGAUAUAAACUUUUGUAAAACUAAGGGAUGACAUUUUGAGUUGAAUAAAUCGAAAAUAUUGUACUUUCA